CUGUCAAAUAGUAUUCCAAAAAAAAAAAAAUCUCUACAGCCCACAUGUUGUGUGUUACAAAGUUUGUGCAUUUUAUUUAUUUUGUGACUUGACUUAUAAUUGCAAUAUAAAAUGCAGCACGACGAUGUUGUUUGGGCCAUCAUCAACAAAACACAUUGCUCCCACAAAGUAACCACAAAAACCCAGCAAUUUUGCCGAAACGAAUAUAACCUCACUGGUUUGUGCAGCAGGGCUUCAUGUCCGUUGGCAAACAGCAAGUAUGCGACGGUCAGAGAAGAAAAUGGCAUUAUUUAUUUAUUUAUGAAGACAGCCGAAAGAGUAAUGUUUCCAGCUAAACAGUGGGAGAAGGUGAAGCUUUCCAGGAACUUUGAGAAGGCCAUCCAUCAGAUCAAUGAGAACCUGCUAUACUGGCCUGGUUUCAUCAAAGCCAAGUGUAAGCAACGAUUUGUCAAGAUCACUCAGUACCUCAUUCGGAUGAGAAAACUUAAACUAAGAAGAGUUAAGGAAUUAGUUCCAAUACAACGUAAGAUCGAGCGGCGUGAGAGGAGAAGAGAAGAGAAGGCUUUGGUGGCUGCACGAAUAGACAAUGCAAUUGAGAAACAAUUACUAGAAAGACUUAAGAAGGGCACAUAUAAUGAUAUCUACAACUUCCCGCAAAUGGCGUUUGAUGCUGCCCUCAAAGCAGAAGAAGUUUCCGGGGAGAGUGAGAGUGAGAGAGAAGAUGAAGAAGAGGAACAAGAGAUGGAAAUGGAGCCAGAGUUGGAAAGAGAGUUGCAAAGGGUGGAGGAAGCUGACGAGUUUGUUGAGGGAGACAGCGAUAUGGACAGUGAUGAGGAAAGCGACUCUGGCAGGAGAGAACAAGCAGAUGUUGGUAGUGAUUUCGAAUCGGAAGCUUCUGAUAUGGAGGAUGUGGCAGAGAAAGUCAGCAAGAAACCUCGCGUAGAGAUUGAAUACGAGACGGAACCAGCUGUUACUAUAUCUAGGAAGAAAAUAAAGCAUUGAUCUAUUGUUA